AUGGCGAGUCCUGAGCGGCAGGUGAGCUGGCGGUCCUGGGGCACGGCCUCCCCCUUCCUUUCGGCUGCCGGCUGCUGGAGACUGAGUCCCCUCCUGACGGCGGUGCUGCACCAGGAGCCCCGGCGCGCUCAAGAAGCCAAGCAGCAGGGCCCCAUUGAAGAGCCCAAGGUGAGGGCUUCCAUUGACCUCACGCAGUUUGCCACUGCCGGACACCUCAACAACAGCCAGAGGGCAGCUGUGAGGUCCCCACGUGUACCUUCAGGGCCACGUGCCUGUUCCCAGCUCCUGCAGGAGAAAGAAGGAAACGCCACCCUGGUAACCACCUCAGGCCACCCCGCCAAGCUCUGCAAUGUGUCUUUCGAGGAGAGCCGCACCUUCCUGGUGGUGAUGUACAGCGCGGUGUGUGCACUGGGCCUCCCAGCCAACUGCCUGACAGCGUGGCUGACACUGCUGCAGGCCCUGCAGGGCAACGUGCUGGCCGUCUACCUGUUCAGCCUGUCGCUCUGUGAGCUGCUCUAUGUCAGCACACUGCCGCUCUGGGUCAUGUACAUCCAGAACCAGCACCAUUGGACGCUAGGCCUGCAGGCCUGUCGGGUGACCGCCUACAUCUUCUUUUGCAACAUCUAUGUGAGCAUCCUCCUCUUGUGCUGCGUCUCCUGCGACCGCUUCUUGGCGGUGGUGUAUGCGCUGGAGAGCCGAGGCUACCGCCACCAGAGGACCGCCAUCUGCAUCUCAGUGUCAGCCUUUGUCCUCGUGGGGAUCACCCACUAUCCAGUGUUUGAGAUGAAGGACAGCGUCACCUGCUUCGAGAGGCUGCCAACGGACAGCACCAUCGUUGGCUACCACUACUCACGGUUUGCCGUUGGGUUUGCCAUACCCCUCUCCGUUAUCGCCUUCACCAACUGCCAGAUUAUCAGGAGCAUCCGGCUGAGCGUGGGCUUGAGUGACUCCCAGAAGGCCAAGGUGAGGCACUCGGCCAUAGCUGUUGUCUUCAUCUUCCUUGUCUGCUUUGCACCCUACCACCUGGUGCUCCUCAUCAAAGCUGUUGCCUUCUCCUACUACAGAGGGGAUGAGGAUGCCAUGUGCGCCUUUGAAGACAGACUGUACACGACAUCCGUGGUGUUCCUGUGCCUCUCCACAGUCAACAGUGUGGCCGACCCCAUCAUCUACGUGCUGGCCACUGACCACUCUCGCCAAGAAGUGUCCCGGGUGCACAGGGAAUGGAAAGCAUGGGGUACAAAGACUGACCUCAUCAAGCUCACGAACUCCAAGGACUCGGAGGAGGCCAUGUCUCCCACUGCAUGCGCGAACUGCUGCGUGUUUCCUGGGCCUGACACGGCGAUACUUUCCCCGACAGUGAUACUGGCCCGGCGGCCGCGCUUGGCAGGAGGCCGGAGGAGCUGCGGGGUGGUGCGUGGGCACCAGGGCUGGCAUCCUCCGCACACCGCCGGGGGCCCUCGGAGCCCGCCCCUGGACCUUGGGACGGGUGCAGACCUGCAGACCAGUGCCCCUGACGCUACACAAGGUGGUGCCUCCUGGAGCGAGCCGGCGCACAUCAGCCCCACAGUGCCCUGUAAACAGGCUCCCGCCUGCAGCCCGUGUGCGCCCCGUGCAGCCUGCCUGCAGACUUCAGGCCCGAGCCCUCCAGGGACCGUCUGUCCCAGGGUGCAGAUCUGCCCCUUGCUGGUGCUGAGAGGCCUCGUCCACGGGCUGCGAUGGCGCCUGCCAAGCUCCGCUCUGAAGCGUGCUCCUGUUGGCGUCAGUAGGGACGCGUGCACUGCUGCUUCAGCUCAGGGUGCUGCCCGCAACCCUGCAUCCUGUGGGCGAGCCCCGUUCGUUGAGCACGUCCUUACUUUGUCGUACAGGCCUUUGCACAGCAGGUCCCGGGUCCUGGGAUUCUCGCCCCUCUUCCUCCGGGUGUUUUCUCAGACACCCGUCAUCCUGGAAGUCUGUGUGCACAUCGUCCCCUACACUCAGCUUUUGCUGACAGCAUAG